UAGGACCUCAGGGACAAUAAGCUAGCCGCUUUAAUGCCAAAGGAAGUUGGCGAGGUAAUGUCAGAGAUCAUAGUGCAUGAAGAUGAACAAGUGGCAUGUGCACGACCAGAGAAAAACACCAGAGAUCACAGCUUAGGGUGAUGGUACUACGAGCAGCCCGGGCGUGUUAUCUCCAUUUGUCUGGAUUCUUCAAAUUCAACUCACUUCAGUGAUCUGAUGGGACCUGUUUUUGACGUAUUUCUGUGGCUAUAUCCCAUAGAGAGUCCUUGCAUCAUAUUAUAAAGAACUGCCUUCUUUUUAUAUGGAUAAGAAAGGCAUCUAAUGCAUUUCCGCCCUAUUUUGUGUCUGGCGCACUUAAUUCAGUCCAUAUCUUGUGAUGGCUUUGCAAGACCAUGGCAGGACAACAGGUUUUCCUUGCAAACAGUGUGGUAUGGUGUGUCCCAGUAUGCCCAGUCUAGUCGAACAUAUGGAGUGCCAUCAGGAGCGAGAUGAAGAACGCAAGUUUAAAUGUGAUGAAUGUGGACGUGGUUAUAGGCAUGCUGGUAGCCUAACUAACCACAAAAAGACUCACGAAGUAGGUUCUUUUCAGUGUAAUAUAUGUGGAAAAGAAAACUCUAAUGCCUCGGCCCUGAAGAGUCAUCUCCGGAGCCACACUUCCCUUAAAAAGUAUUCCUGUGCGGAAUGUGGAAAAGCUUUUCGCCUGGCAACGCAGCUGGCUACACAUCAGAGGGUUCAUUUUGCCAGACAAGCAAAAGAGCAGUCAUAUCGGAAGGUGGACACGGAAUAUUCCUCAUAUAAAAACAGACAUGAACUUGAAAACGAUCACCCACAUCAUCUUAGUGAGCACUUGGCCAGCGUUGGGAUUUCCACAGUAAAUGGCCCAUCUGAGGACAAGGCUGAGAUUGUUUAUAAUGUGCAAUCGGAGACCUCAGAGGAUGCAGUAAAUCGACCAUUCAGGUGUGAUUUAUGUGACAAGUCAUACAUACACCAUCGAAGCCUGACCAACCAUAAAAAGACUCACCAAGUGGGAACAUUUGAGUGCACAGUAUGUUUCAAACUGUUCAGUAACAUGGCUGCCCUUUACAGCCAUCAGCGAACACACAAGGCGAGAGGCGGGACUGACCUCACUUCGACAGGUGGGUCAUACGCAGGCACACUUCUUGACCAGUUUUCACCUCAGAGCCAAGAUGCUCCAGUAAACUUUUGUCAUUUAUGUCAGGUACUUUUCCCAAACAAUGAGGAGUUCCAGGAACACAUCCAAAUGCAUAACUCUUCAUCUCUGUCAUUUGGUCUUCAAGAUCCAUUGUCAGAGAGCCACAGUGUAUCAUAUGAAAACAGUAUUGCUUCACCCGAGUCCAACUUUUAUGCUUCUCCUAUAAACAAUAUUCCUCCGGUGUCAUCAAUGGAUAGUCAUGGAGACUUUGAUACACAAGAGAAGAUUAGAAGUAACGCUCACAUGUACUCUGACUGCUCCAGUAAUCAAACCCCAUCGUCCAAUAGCACUCAGGGAGAUCCCCCAAUCAUGGACACAAACACUCUCAGUCCUACCCUGAUGCCCACACAAAAUAAUUGCAAUGCAACUGAAAUUGAAGAGACUUCAACUGUAGAUUCUGAUGAGCGUCCCUUCAAGUGUCAGAUCUGCGGUAAAAGCUACCGGCACUCUGGGAGCCUCAUCAACCACAAAAGGUCACAUCAGGUUGGGAUUUACCAGUGUUCCAUCUGCAGGAAGAAUUACCCUCACCUGGCAGCCCUCAAAAGUCAUCUUCGCCUCCACAAAGCUCAGCCGUCUUCUCUUAAUCUCAGUGCUGAGGGAGACUGGCUCUCCUCAGAGCCUCUGACUUUGGAUAACCAGCAGGGCUGCUUCUCCUCCCAGGAUGAAGAAGAGAACAGUGCUCAUCCUGUGCUUUGUAUGGAUCAGGAGAAUGGAAUUGAUGGCAGGAAUGGAGCACUGUACCACGAGCAGUUUAAUCAGGACUUCUCCCAGGAUAUGACUGUGCAUCUACCUCACAAUGAACACCUGAUGCAGAGGCACAUGUGUGCAGACUGUGGUGAGACAUUUGCAGAUAUUGCAGGGAUUAAGUCUCACAGCUGCCCAUUGCUGCAUCAGCAACAUAACACUACUAAUGGUGACUAUCACAACAGUUUAAACUUCCAGGUCAGUAAUGGCCAUUGUGAAGUUGGAAAUCCAGGAAUUAAUGUUGAGUUCCAGGGUCUGAAUGCUAGCCACAACCAAAGUCACUUUGAACAAAAUUUCCAAGAAAAUGUUGGAAGUGAACGGCUGAACAGUGGCCAAGAAGAUGUUAACACAGAUGAGGAAGAUGAUGGUGACCUUUAUCAGUGCUCCAUAUGUGGCAACAGCUACACAACCAUGAGGGCUCUCAGGAGCCAUCUCCGAGGGCACACACAAUCCCACGGCACUCCUACAAGCUCAGGUCCUUCUUCCACAUCCUCUCAUGAAGAUUUGAAAGAUGAGGAGUCAGGAGAAAUGAUGAUCUGUAGUACAUGUGGGGAAAGUUUUGCCAAUCAGCAAGACUUGAUUGCUCAUCAGCUUGUGCACAAUCAGGACCAGGUAGAUAAUGUUAAACCUUUCCACAUUAAUAAUGAUGUUUCUGAAAGCAAGGAGGAAGCGCAAAACAUCAUCUGUGGAAGCUGUGGCAUCUUUUGCACCAGCUACCAUCAUCUUGAGAACCACAACUGCACAGCUGAGAGGAAACAGGAGUUAGUGGACAGCAAGGAGGAAGUGAAAGUAAACAAGGUUGCCCAGCACCAAGACACGGGUGCUGACAAAGACAUGGUCAAUACUGAGAAACGUCAAUACAAGUGUGAUCAGUGUGGCCGGUCAUACAGGCACGCUGGCUCCCUCCUCAACCACAAAAAGUCACACAAAACGGGUGUCUUCAGAUGUCUCGUCUGCCAGAAACGCUUCUACAACCUGCUGGCCCUUAAAAAUCAUCAGAGAUCCCAUUUUGAUAUUAAGAGGCAUACGUGUCACGAGUGUGGGAAAGCUUUCAAAAUUCAGAAGCAGCUACUGAAUCACCUGAGAAGGCACAAAGAGAACCAAGCCAAAAUCCAGGAACUCAAUAGCCAGAUCCAGGCCCUUAUGCAGAUGAAUGGGACCAGGUCAGAUGGAGGAAUGCAGCCCUUAGCUUCAGAUGCCAAUCAGGAUUGUAAUUCUGCUCUGCGCUGCAAGGAGCCAACUGAAGAAAGAGAAACGCAGACAAAGUCGGAGAUGUCAGUGAAAUCGGAGGAUGCAGGUGACCGACGACCUUUUGCCUGUGACCAGUGUGGUCGCACGUAUCGCCAUGCAGGAAGUUUGGUUAACCAUAGAAACUCUCAUAAAACGGGUCAAUAUUCCUGCUCAGUUUGCAACAACACUUACACCAACCAGCUAGCAAUGAAGAACCACUUACGCACCCACUUUGCAUAUAAAAGGCACUCUUGCCAAAACUGUGGAAAGGGCUUUAGAGGAAGGAAGCAGCUUUUAGCUCAUGUCUGUGGAGACCUCAGAAAAGAUAGGUCUGGAGUCAGAAGGGGUCUAAAAUCUAAAGCCUUUAAGUGUAAGGAAUGUAAACAGGCCUUUUUCUCUGCAGACCAGCUGGCAGCCCACACCUGUGAUCAACCUUCGGGUAGCAGGGAAGCAGAUUUAAAUACGUUUCCAAAUAAAGAGGAGCGACCUUUCAGGUGCAACAUAUGUAAUCGCAGCUAUCGCCAUGCAGGCUCACUGUUGAAUCACAAAAAUACCCACAAGACGGGGCACUACUGUUGCAACUUCUGUUCUAAGCCCUUCACUAACCCCAUGGCUUUGCGCAAUCACACACGCAUCCACACGCAAAAGAAGAAAUACGUGUGUCUGACAUGUGGAAAGGCCUUCCGUCUCGCCAGCAUUCUGCACAAUCACCAGAGGGUCCACAAUCGGGCGGUGAAUCACUUUAGCUGCUCUUCAUGUGGGAAAAGCUUCCAGGGCAGGUCUGGCUUGAAGAGGCAUCGCUGCCGCAGAGGUCAGGAGAACGCAGGAUCUGGAGUCCAGCAGUCAGAGAGAGGAGACAAGUGUUUCAUGUGUGACUUGUGUGGGCGCUCCUAUCGCCAUGCGGGAUCCCUUCUCAAUCAUAAAAAGACACACUCCGAAAGCCUCCACCACUGCACCUUGUGUCUCCAAACAUUUCCCGAUCCCGUCACUCUGCAGAUACACUCCCAGAUGAGGCGUCAAUGCUGCCCCGAGUGUGGCAAGACCUUCUGUCUGGUCACCCACCUACAGAGCCACAUGGAGGUGCACUCAAAGGACCAGGUUGUGGUCUGCAGCUUGUGCCAGCAGAGCUUUCCCGACGCAGCCAGCUAUCAGGAGCACCAUAACAUGCACCACGUGGCUCAGGACCACUACCAACAAGACCAGGAUGACGCUAUAGAUAACAACCUCUGCUGGGACUCAGGAGUCAGUCAGUCCAUGGGAAUGGGAGGGAUGCACAGUGAAGUUCCACCACCUUUGUCCCAUAUUCCAGGAAGCAUUCCUAAUUCAGAGAAGAACAACAACACUUCUGCGACAGAGGAGAAGAGCCACGUCUGCGAGCACUGUGGGCGUACUUACCGUCAUGCCGGCUCCCUCCUCAACCACAAGAACAGCCACAAGACGGGCUCCUUCUUCUGCUCAGUGUGCCAGAAGGAGUUCACCAACCUGAUGGCCCUGAAGAACCACCGACGGAUUCACACAGAGCCCAAGCGCUACCAGUGCCUGGAGUGUGGGAAGGCGUUCCGGGUGUCCACUCAGCUCAUAUGUCACCGAAGGAUACACACCAAAGAGAAGCCUUUUGCCUGCCUGCUGUGCGACAAGAGCUUUUCCAGCAAGUCCAACCUGCGGCACCAUCAGAAGAUGCACCAGAACACCCAGACCUUCGACUCCUCAUUUAACAUGGACGCUAAUGCAUUUAUGGACCUUGACAUGGGGUCUUUUCUUUAAAGAAGUACUAAAUGGCAUAUAAAAGAA